ACCUCAUCUAUAUUUCAUAACGAAUUCAGAUGUCAAUGCGCGAAAACCUACAAGAAUAUGGAUUGAAAUAUCCAUUUUCCAGUCUAACUGAAUCUGAAAAAAUCAUCGAUUUCGUUGAAAGAUACAAUCUCUUGAACUUAAGAGUUUAUUGUUCUCGUCACCAGGACGACCGUCGUUUGUAACACCACGCAUUGACCAAUGAAUGGAAUUUCUUCGAACCCCGUCCGCUAAUUUUAAGAAAUGAACUCAGCAUUAAGUUCAGACUCAUAGGUGACCUUUGAAAGAAACGCACACCUAAAAAAAUGAAGGCCUGCGAGCUGAGCAUCAUCAAAUAUAUUCUUUUCGUGUUCAACUUGGUUUUUGCGCUAUCAGGAGUUGGUCUCAUAGUUGCUGGAGCGUGCGUUUUGGCAGAUGUGGGCGAAUUCAGCCACUUUUUAGAAGGGCGACUUCUAACACCCCCAGUUGUCUUGAUAGUUGUUGGUUGUAUAGUCUUUUUUGUUGCUUCCUUAGGUUGCUAUGGCGCUAUAAGAGAAUCUUGUACUUUGCUCAUGGCGUUCGCCCUGUGCUUGCUCGUGAUACUGAUUGCCGAAUUGUCAAUUGGUAUUGUUGCCGCUGUUUAUAAGGGUGAUUUCGAGACAGCCAUGAAGAAUAUCAUGAAAGAUUCUCUGCAUUCUUAUAACGAGACUCAUUCAGAUAAAGUUGCUUGGGAUAAUAUUCAAAGCAAAUUACAUUGCUGCGGCGUGACUGGACCUACAGAUUGGCCGGAGAAAACGAGGCCUUUGAGUUGUUGUCACGCAAUCAGGGAAGGAUCACCACCACCUCAGGAUUUCCACUGCAGAGAUGCACAACCGAAAGAUGAGAUUCUCUACUCCAACGGUUGUUUUGGCGAGCUGAAAAUGAAAGCUGAAUCGUCAGCCAAUGUUCUCAUGGGAGUCGGCAUAGGGAUUGCUUUUGUCGAGGUGAUCGGAAUCCUUCUGGCUUGUUGGUUGGCGUCAGCGAUAAAAAAUAAGGAAUAAAAAGGUCUUCUUGAAAUAUGCGUCGAGUUGCGCAUUGAUUAUGGAGUAAUUGUUUCAUCAUACUAUAGGUACAAAUACGCCUGAAAUCGUCUCAUUUCACCUACACGUUACUUCGUGAAUUUGGAUUGUACAAAAAUGGAAAAAUUUCUUCUCAUUAUUAUAGGCUUUUAUAACAAAAUAUUUGUAUUAUUUGUAGUGUUAAAUAGUGGUUUAGGCUUCCAAAUGUCUUCAAAUGAUAAUGCUUUUGUAACGUUGGCACUACUCUACUUACUAACAUGUUAGGUGAAUAUAAGACAUCAAGCUCUCUUUAUCUCUAUGACCCAACUAUUUUUUU